AACCCAAUAGACUAACAGAUUCUUCUCCUGGACUCUAUUUAAAUAUAUAAGGUGUAACAGUGGUGUUUCUGCUCCAGGGUCCAGUUUCUGGAGGAAAUCUGAGACCAACAUGGACGAUCCAUUUGAUUCAUAUCCAGAAGAAAUCAAACAAUGUAAAGAAGCACUGAUGAACAAUGAUACUGCUGCAGCAGCUGCAAAGUUUCAAGAAUAUUUAGAAAAACAAGAUAAUAUUCCCCUAAAUAUUGCCAUCACAGGAGAAUCUGGCUCUGGUAAGUCCACCUUUGUUAAUGCCUUUAGAGGCAUAGAUCAUGAUGAUGAGAAAGCUGCUCCCACUGGCUGUGUAGAAACCACCAUGGAGGUCACUGCAUAUCCUCAUCCAAACUAUCCCAAUGUUACGUUUUGGGAUCUUCCUGGAAUUGGCACCACCCGCUUUCCAGCUGAUCAGUACCUGAAGCAUGUUGAAUUUGAGAAGUUUGACUUCUUCAUCAUCAUCUCAGCUGAUCGCUUCAGAGAAAAUGAUGUGAAACUGGCUCAGGAGAUUCACAAGAUGAAGAAAAAGUUCUACUUUGUUCGCUCAAAGAUUGACCAUAACAUACAGGAUGAGAAAAGAAGCAAGAAGAACUUCAAUGCAGAGACGACUCUUACACGCAUAAGAGACGACUGCAUUCAAGGUAUUGAGGCUCCACAGGUCUUCCUGGUGUCCAGCUUUGACCUCCACCUGUAUGAUUUCUCUCUCCUCCAUGAGACCUUAGAGAGAGAACUUCCAACACACAAGAGGAAUGCUCUACUGUUUGCCAUGCCCAACUUCAACCGUGAGAUCAUCAGCAAGAAGAAAGAAGCUUUUCAGGCCCAAAUAAAAUAUUGCGCUGGUCUGUCUGCAUUAGUGGCAGGUGUGCCAGUUCCUGUACUUUCUGCUACUGUUGAUCUAAGCAUGAUGGUUACUGUUAUCAGUAAUUAUCUAUCUGGGUUUGGACUUGAUAAACCGUCACUGCAGAGACUUGCUGACAGCACAGGUGUGCCAUAUGAGAAUCUGCAUGGUGUUAUCAAAUCCCCACUGGUUUCAGCAAAAUUAGAUGAAGAUGCCGUUCUGAAGGUGAUAUCCCAAAUGACAGUCACAGGUGUUUUGAUGGCAGCAGAAGAAGGGUCCAGAUUCAUUCCGAUGUUAGGAAUCCCAGUAGCAAUGGCCCUCUCUUUUACUGCAACCUACAGAACUCUAAGUUUUAUUCUCAACUCACUUGCUGAGGAUGCACAGAGGGUGUUUGAAAAGGCUCUGGGUUUGGAGACAUCAGUGUGAUAUUGUAAAGUGAAUGCUAAAGGGCCUCUGACUUCUUGAUUUCUGUAAAGGAGACAGCAUUAGAUUGUAAAUAGAUAAAUACAGUAUCCUAAUCAUAAUCUUCCUGCACAAUUUAAUCAACAUUCAUUUAUAGUUGAUCUGUCAGACGGCCUCAGUGCAGGACUCAUUUACUCUUAUCAGUACAGAAACAACAGAGUUACAGUCAGUUUAAGAUAUUGCAAGUGUUCUCUUUAUCAUUUUAUCAAGGGGAGAAACGUGAUCUUAUUAUUUAUAUAUAAACUGUGUACAAUGCAGAAAACUGCUGAAAUAUGAUUGUGAUUAUUUUAAAAAUUGUUUGUGUGAUCGAUGAUGUCAACACAGAGCAAAUCAGGUGAAAUGAUGAUUACUGAUGAAACAUCUUUAUCUUAUCUUGUUUGAAUAAAUUGUGAUGGAACUUG